AUGGAAAAGGAUUUCCUGAUGACGGGGCCGCAAGAAGUUGAUAAUGUGCAGGCAGAAGUCUCCGAACCAAUACAGGAAAAGAAUUUCCUGAUGGGGCAAUUAGAAGUUGACAAUGUGCAAGCAGGAUCCUCUGAACAAACACUGGAAGGGAAUUUCAUGAUGUCGGGGCAAGAAACUGAUGAUGUGCACGAACAAGUUCCCGAACAAACACCGGAAAAGGAGUUCAUGAUGUCCGAGCAAGAAGCUAAUAAUGUGCACGCUGUAGUCCCGGAACAAACGCUGGAAAAGAAUUUCCCAAUGCCCGAGCGAGAAGCUGAUAAUGUGCACGCUGAAGUCUCCGAACAAAUGCCGGAAAAGGAUUCCAUCACGUCUGAGCAAGAAGCCGAUGAUGUGCAAGCAGGCCACGAACAGACGCUGGAGAAGAAUUUCAUCACGAUGUUGGAGCAAGAGGCUGCUAAUGAUGUGCAAGCAAGAGUCCCCGAACCAUCACCGGAAAAAGAUUUUAUGAUGCUGGCGCAAGAAGCUCAUAAUGUGCAUGCAGAACUCCCCGAACAAACGGUGGAAGAGAAUUUUAUCAUGUCUGGCCGGCAAGAAGCUGAUGAUGGGCAAGUAGGACUCCCCGAACAAAGACUGGAAGAGGAGGGAGAAGCCGAUCAGCUUCUGCAGGAAGAACAUGUCCGUGGGGAGGAGGCAUACGGAGAGGCGACUGAGCUUCUGCAGGAAGAGAAUAUUCGUAGGGAGGAGAUAUACCAGGGAUCGACAUCAUGGUCGCCGUUAUCUUCUUCGGAUGCUCCCACCAAACAUCUGGAUCUGGAAGAUAGUGUCUCUUCAAGACUGCUUCAAGAUUCUGAGCUUGGGCAUAGAAAUGUGCCAGAAAAUUUAGUUGCUCCUCCUAGUAGUCCAGCCACCCCUGAGAUGGAAACAACACUUUCCAUUUCUCCCUUAGCCGGGAGAUCCGAAGCCCUCCCCGAUGGUGAUGACGUCAUGUUUGAUCCGCCAGUCGUAGCCUAUCGGGAAGCCCCUCCGUCGAUCAAUCUGGAGGAAGACAUCAAUUCAGCCAAUCCGCAGCCUCCCCUCAACGCUCCUCCGCAAGCUCCUCCACCUUCCAUCCGGAACAUCUAUGGCUCCGAGGCCCGGCCUUCUCAGCCGCCAGGCAUAGGGUCGCUGUUCAAUCUGUACCCGCCACCGCACUUGGCCUAUGAGCACCAAUAUCUGCCGGCCCAAAGCCUGUUCGCCCCGAUGGGCAGCACGGAUAUGAAUGGCUCUACGACUGCUCCAGCUGUGUCUGGCAACUUCAUUCUGGGCAGCUUGAACGUACCACCUCCUCCGCUGGGUGUCGACAACAACUCGGCCUCAUCAACCUCUUCCUCCUCCUUCUGGAACUACCAACUUCCCCAGCUCAGCCUAUCCGCCAACGUCCAAGAUUCAGCAAUGCCAUUUGGGAACGUGAUGUUCAUGCCUCCACCCGGUUUCGCAGCAGCACCACCUAGGCCCUUGCAUGAAGUGCAGUUACAUAGAUUGAUGGGUCAUACAGUGGGUUCAAGCUCAUUCACCAACCCAAGAGGAGGAGGAGGAGGAAGAGGAAGAGGUCUAUUUCAGCAGCUUUCGACCAGCACCAGCUUCCAACAGCAAGCAAUGGAUCGCCCGCCAUACAACAGGGCUACUGCUAGGUCCUCCUCCAUUUCUAUUCCGCUGGAUGGGCUCCCGACCAACAACCGCAGGCCGCUAGAAGCUGGGCAGGGGAGCUUCAUGAUCGGGAGGCCGCUUGAAGCUGGAGAGCCAUCCUCCAGGCCUUCCAAGGCGCAGGUGACAUCAUGGCCGACUGAUAUGAAUCAACCAUCGGCGCCGAAUGUUCAGUUGCCCAACUUGCCAUGGCCAACUGAUAUCAAUCUACCGUCGGCAAAUCUUCAGCUAUACAGUUGGAGCAACAAUCCGGCUAUGUCGGCAAAUCUUCACCCAUCCAGUUGGAACAACAUUCCGGCUCCUGCCCCGACUAGCCAAACUCAAAGGCCUAGGUUCAUACCGAACUCACUCUACGACCCGAGAUAUGAAGCUAUGGGACUGCCCAUCGACCCUCACCUGCGUCUUUUCCUUGCGUGGCAGAAUCGCGAAAAUACAAGAAACGGUCAUGGAGAUGGAAAUGCAUGAGAUGAGAUCAUCAGUGGAUCGGGACGGUGGAUGGUUUACUGAAGAUGUCUCUCUAUCUGUCUUGAAUGUCCCUUAUUUUGGUGUAAUAAGGUGUCUUGUCACAACAUCGAUCAUGAGAGAACUCGGGAUCAAGCUCUAUUGUUGGGUUGUAAUAGUUUGUCUAGAUUAAUUCCAAAUUCGAGAUGCUUUUAUGGAUAAUCAAGCUUCAUACCGUCUCUGAUUUACCAAAGUCGGACUUCAUUUGAUAUUAACCAGAAAUCAAG